AAAAAUCUAAAGGAAAACUACGAGAAUAUGAAGCUAGUCAAAUUUCAGCAAAAUUUAAUGGGAUAAAUAAUAUGCAAUUGGCUAAAAAUAUUGGAACUUUUAAUGAAUCAUCAAUACCUUCAUCUGCAAUUUCGUCAAAAAUAAAUAAUAAUAGAAGCAAGAUUUUCCUGGCAACAUGUAUCAAUGAAUUUGUUAAGAAAAUAUUUGGGUAUCCACCCUAUUCUAAAGAAGAAACAGAGAUACAAACUAAAACAAAAAAUAUGUUAAGUGAUUUUUGGCACAAAUUUAAUCAAUUAGUAUUGGGUCAUGUUAAAAAUUAUAAAGAAAUACAAGAAAGAUGUGCAGCAUUGUUAACAAAAGAAAAUAUUAAUGAUUAUAUUAAUGAAAAGGUAACAAUAGAUAUUCUUAAUAGGUUUAUUGGAGGAACCAAUCAAAGAGAGCUUCAAAAGUGUAGUGCAGUAAAAAAAUUAGUACAAUUAAUUCGUGAAAUGUUUAAAAUUCAUUGGCAAGGCAAAAAUAUUGACCAA